GCAGAGGAGCGGCGCAGAAAGAUCCAGUAAAGAGGGGACGCAGACACAAUACAGCCAGCCCUCUGUUCACCGAGCGGUACCGUCGUGACAGCGCCCGUCAGCGGCACGGAAAACACCAGAGGGACUGCAGUUUCAUGUGUUUGUAGACACAGCCCGUCGUCACCAUGACAGCGGAGGAAACCAUCAAUGUGAAGGAGGUGGAGAUCAUCAAGGUGAUCCUGGAUUUCCUCAACUCCAGGAAGUUGCACAUCAGCAUGCUGGCUUUGGAGAAGGAGAGUGGAGUCAUCAAUGGGCUUUACUCAGAUGACAUGCUUUUCCUCAGACAACUUGUUCUUGAUGGUCAAUGGGAUGAAGUGUUGCAGUUCAUUCAACCUUUAGAGUGUAUGGAUAAGUUUGACAGAAAGAGGUUUCGUUACAUCAUCCUCAAGCAGAAGUUUUUGGAGGCUCUGUGUGUGAAUAAUGCCAUGUCUGCAGAGGAUGAGCCACAGCAUCUGGAGUUCACCAUGCAGGAAGCAGUGAAGUGUCUCCAUGCCUUGGAGGAGUUUUGUCCCUCUAAAGACGACUACAGCAAACUGUGUUUGCUCCUUACUCUGCCUCGCCUCACAAACCACGCUGAGUUCAAGGACUGGAACCCAAGCACAGCCAGGGUGCAGUGCUUUGAGGAGGCCUGUACCAUGGUAGCAGAGUUCAUCCCUGCUGACAGGAAGCUGAGUGAGGCUGGAUUCAAGGCCAGCAAGGAUCGACUCUUCCAGCUUCUCCUCAAGGGAGUCCUCUAUGAGUGCUGUGUGGAGUUCUGUCAGAGUAAAGCGACAGGCGAGGAGAUCACAGAGAGUGAAGUGCUGCUGGGCGUCGACAUGCUGUGCGGUAACGGCUGUGAUGACCUGGACCUGUCCCUGCUUUCAUGGAUGCAGAACCUCGCCCACUCCGUCUUCUCCUGCGCCUUCGAACAAAAGCAACUCAACAUCCACGUAGACCGUUUGGUCAAGCCUGCCAAGACCGGCUACGCCGACCUCCUCACCCCGCUCAUCAGCAAACUCUCUCCGUAUCCCUCCUCCCCACUGCGUCGACCCCAAUCUGCAGACACCUACAUGUCUCGCUCCCUAAACCCAGCGCUGGAUGGGUUGUCUUAUGGGCUGUCCGGUCAGGAUAAGAGAGCGAGUGAUGGGGAAGUAGCACCGGGCAAAGGAGUCUCUCCCAUGUCCCACUCGUUUGCUAACUUCCACUAUCCCGGAGUGGGAGGGCAGAACCUGAGCAGGAGUCUGAUGAUGGAGAGCUCUGACUGCCACAGCAUCUUUGAGGAAUCUCCUGAAACGUCAAGGACGGACACACCUGUGGAUAAGAUGAUGAGUUCAGAUGGAGCCCAGAAUCUCCGCCCUGCCUCAGCUCCAGGCGAGGAUGCUCCACCAGCUGGCUCUGCUGACAGGAAUGAGCUUCGUGACUCCACAGAGAAAUAUGAGGAGUUCUACCGACAGCGUCUCCGUGUGCAGCAGCACCUGGAGCAGAAGCAGCAGCAGAGGCAGAUGUACCAGCAGAUGUUGCUCGAGGGCGGGGUCCAGCAGGAGCCUCCGCUCAGCGACAUGCAGCACAGUCUCACAGAGAAGUUUCUCAACAGGUCCAUCCAGAAGCUCGAGGAGCUUAAUGUGGGGAUGGAGAAUUUAGGGGAGGAGGUGAAGUCUUUGACUCAGCAGUAUAAUGGAAAUGGGAACCCGCCCGCCUCUGAGGACAAUAACAACCCUCCAUCUGUGAGCCCUGAGCAAAGUAGGACCCGAGGAGGAGGGGUGCUCAGCAGCACCCCACAAAAAACAGUGGGGGGGCGCGCAGUCCCGCCUCCUAAUGAGUCUCCUGUUAUUUCCCAGAGUGGGCAGAAAACCAAAGGUCCACAAGACUCUCCAGGAUCUUUAUCACGCAGUAAAGAGGGAGAGAAAUCAAAAAACCUGUUUGUACCGGUGCACAGCCUGGAAGAUACUCAGGCCGUCCGAGCUGUGGCCUUCCACCCAUCAGGAGCGCUCUACGCUGUGGGAUCAAACUCAAAAACUCUACGUGUCUGCGCUUAUCCAGAAAAUAUAGACCCGAGCAGUUCAAGUCCAACAAAGCAGCCAGUCGUCCGCUUUAAGAGGAACAAACACCACAAAGGAUCGAUCUACUGUGUGGCCUGGAGUCACUGUGGGCAGCUGCUGGCGACAGGCUCCAAUGACAAAUAUGUCAAAGUUCUUCCAUUUAGUGCAGAGAACUGCAACGCCACAGGCCCAGACCUGGAGUUUAGCAUGCAUGAUGGUACCAUCAGAGACCUGGCCUUCAUGGAGGGUCCAGAGAGCGGAGGCGCCAUCUUGAUCAGCGCCGGAGCCGGAGACUGUAACAUCUACACAACGGACUGUCAGAGAGGACAGGGUCUGCACGCCCUCAGCGGACACACGGGUCACAUCCUGUCGCUGUACACAUGGGGAGGCUGGAUGAUCACCUCAGGCUCUCAGGACAAGACGGUUCGUUUCUGGGACCUCAGGGUGCCCAGCUGUGUCCGAGUGGUGGGAACUGCUUUCCAUGGCUCAGGCAGUCCUGUUGCUUCAGUAGCAGUCGAUCCAAGCGGCCGUCUCCUAGCAACAGGCCAGGAAGACAGUGCGUGCAUGCUAUAUGACAUCAGAGGAGGACGGAUCGUCCAGGUGUACCGGCCUCACAGCAGUGACGUGCGCUCUGUCAGGUUCUCCCCUGGUGCUCACUACCUGCUCACCGGCUCCUACGACACAAAGGUCAUGGUCACCAACCUGCAAGGUGACCUGACCAAACAGCUGCCUCUGACUGUAGUGGGAGAGCACGGAGACAAGGUGAUUCAGUGUCGAUGGCACACACAGGAUCUGUCCUUCCUCUCAUCCUCAGCUGAUCGCACUGUCACUCUCUGGACACACAACCCGUAACACACACCAAACAAAAAACCUGUCUGUAAUCUUAAAGACACACAUUCCCUCUAAAAUAACAUCACUCCUCCUGCACUAUCAACACUGUCACACCCUGUUGACACACCUGACCCUUGCACCCUGAAACCACACAAACACAUACAUGAUGACACACAGGUGAAUGAGCCUUUCCCUCCUGUCUGAAGGAAACCACAUGGAAACAAACCAGUGACACAUUAGAAGCACAUGCUGCAUGUUUUUUUUCCCUUUACAUCCCUCACUCUGAGCAUUCACCGAAAGGUCAUUAAUUUAUCUCACUGUUUUUGCCAUCCUGUACACCCUCACUCCUUACACACCUGUCAGUUUCGGCAUGUCCGUUUCACUGAAGAGUCGUCGAGGUUAGACAGGACAGAGUGCUUUGUUCAUGAUGGUGCCUUCCUUGAGUUUCCAUAACAAAAAAUUUAAAAAUGUUACAAAAAAAGAUAACAUGGUCAUUUUUAGAUCAAAUUUUAUGAACUAAUUUUGAGAAAUCCUACAUUCCUUCUUCUUUUGCAUAUCGUUUUCUUACAUCAGGUUUUAUGCUGCUAUUAUUUGAGGAACAAAGAGUCGACUAUAUGGUGUAAAAUGUGCAUUUUCAGUGUGAACUUUGCCCUUAAUGAGGCUUAAUCUGUGGAAGUCAUUCUAUUUAUCCAUCAGUCAGCUGUUGCCUCUAUUUGGGAUGAUGUACUGACGUCUACUGUUACUGCAUUACGGCUUAAAAAUAUGUAAAUUAUAUUGUGCAUUUAUUUGAAAUUUGAAAUCAGUGUUGCUGCGCUGAAGCUGUUCAUGUCUUGCAAUGGCUUGCUUUCAAUGGAAGGUCGUGAUUAUGUCGACAUCAAAGGGAAAAACAAAAAUGUGAUUUGUGGUUGAGCACCUUGGCAUUUUUAGUGUUCAUCAAGCUUUGGUUUGUCUACUGCUGUUAUGAUGAGAACACCAGUAGGGGGCAGUCUUUGCCAAUAACAAGGGUUAACCAUGUGCACAGUGGAAGCUGAGAAGACUGGGUGUUUAGAUAUUUAUUUUAAACCAGUAUUUUGGGCAUAUGCAUUGUUUUCUUUAAUGUAUUUACAUGCGCACUUUGUCUUCUAACAUUGAUUUACUUAAAGAGAUGCAUACUUCUGUUUUUAUGUUCUGUAUAGUGUAUAUGUUGUUUUAACAAACAAGGCCAAACUAAUACGUACAUAGAUGUAUUUAUUUCAGUUGUGUUAAUGUAUGUACAGUUAUUAUUAGUACGUUUUUAAAUGCUAGCGGCUCUUGUAUUAAGCCUUUAUAUUUCUUGUUUUUAAAAAUGACUUAAAUGAAUUCAAGUUAACUCAAGUCUGACUGCUGGUACGUUCAAUAAAGUGUCUUUUACACAAAA